UUGGAUGCUGAUUGACAGUCACUAGUUUUCUUCAUCAUCACCCUGCUCCGCAUGAUACUAUGUUCCGUAACACAUAUCAGCGGGGAAUUUUGACUGUGUUCUCGAGCAGUGGAAGCAAACCGUUGGCAAUAUGGGAUAUUAAGACCAAGAACGGCCAUGCUAAACGCGUAACGGAUGAAGAACUCAAGCUGAUGUCGUUCGAGCUAAUGGGCUCUAACGUGGCUACCACCUACAUGGUAGCUCCAAAAUGCCCGUGUCCUUCGUUAGGCAUAAAACUGCCAUUUUUAGUAUUGUUAGUGAAAAACUUGAAGAAAUUCUUUUCUUUUGAAAUACAGAUUUUGGACGAUCGCAAGUUGUUGCGUCGCUUUCGUGCCUCUAACUACCAAAGCGCAACUCGGGUGGACAAUUUUUGCACUGUAAUGCCGCUUGCUCUGACCCCCGGUUGGAAUCAAAUACAGUUCAAUUUGGCCGAUUUCACCCGACGAGCCUACGGUACGAACUACAUCGAAACGGUUCGGAUUCAGAUUCAUGCUAAUGUUCGCGUCAAGCGUGUCUACUUCAGUGAUAAACUCUAUCCGGAUGAUGCGCUUCCGCCUCAGUUAAGACUACAUCCUCCUCUGCGGCCGUGUAAGAUGAGUGAUCAGAUCGCACGUAGUGGUAAGAAGCUGCCCGAGCCUGUUGAGACUGUCAGACCACCGACGCCCGAGAAGGUAGCGAAGAUGGGAAGUGGAGAGAAGGCUGAGACAGGUCAGAAUGGCGGAAAAGCGAUAAUGCAAGACUUCGUGCCUCAGCAACGGAUUCCAUCAGUUACAAUCCAAACUGAGCCAGAACAUGAACUGGAGCCUCCAGUUGUCAACGACAAUUUUGAUACAACUGAGCCCAACAUUGAAGAUGUGCCACCUGUAGCUGUUGGGGAUCCGGAAACUGCUAUUGCUGAUUUUCCAGCAACACCGUCUGCUACAGAAAUCGCCGAGUAAUAUUUUUUUUUAAACUGGUAUUGCCUUUGAUGCAUUUAUGAAAGUAAAUAUUAAAAAUUGUUCGUUUAA